AUGGCGUCUAAGUUCCCAACAAAGAAGAGUCGAGAAGACGAGCUUCGUACAAGGAAAGGUCAUGACAUAACAUGGUCAUGUGACAAGCAUGGUGAGCCAAUCAAAUUGUACUGUGUACAACAUAACAUUUCUAUUUGUCAUGUAUGUGCUACUAAAAAUCAUCAGAAACCAUGUAAGCUAGACGACAUUGAGGAUGUCAUCUUUCAAAGGAGGGAGAAUUUGGAUGAUAAAAACCAGAUAGAAGAAACGAAGGAACAUCUGAAAACUCUGGCCUCCAAAAUAGAAACCGUUAAAACUGCUGCUAAUAGGAGCAUUGAUGCAGUCGAGAACCAAGUGAAGAAGACAUUUGAAGACAAGUUAAAGAAUGUAAGAGACAAGAAAUUGAGAAUGCUUCGAGAUAUUAACGAGGAGGCAGAUGAAGAAAUUAGAAUGAUUAAUGAAAAAAGGGACAAACGGAUCAGGGAUUGCAACACUGAGAUAGAAAAGGAAGAAAAUAUCAUCAAAGAUAACGAAGCUAAAUUGUUAUCAGAUACAAAGACAAUCAGUGAGGUAGUUACUAAGAAGACACAUAAUCUCUUUUGUAAAAAUAAUCAUGUAAUAAACACUUUAAUGAACAUUGAAUCAACCAUCAAACGUAUAAACCAACAUGAUGAAACAUUGGUGAAUGAAGCUCCUCAAGUACUUGCAUCUAUUGAUGAAAAUCUAAGUUUGAAUAUUCAUCAAGAUGUUAGCGACUCUCUUGACCGAAUACAGAGUGAAGUUGAGAGAGUGAAGUUUGUAGAGGGGGAAGUAGGUGGAAAAUACUAUCGUAGAAUUGAUGGGUAUAUCGGUAAAUGGGAACUUGUCAAGUCAAUCCACAUUCCAUCAGUUGUUAAUUACCCGUGGGUGCGUGGUUUGGUCAGUGAGAAUGAGAUAUGUGUGAAAGACGGCAAUAACAAAAACAUGUAUGUUACAAACAUCAACACGCGACACACAGAGAAAGUCAUCGAUGGAGGUGCGUGGAUUACAUCAUGCGCGCCCAUAGACAGUAACGUAAUAAUAUGUAAUAAGAUGGGAUGGGAUUUCACGGUCGACAGGUUGGAUGGAUGCAUUACUCUCUAUGACAGACAAUGGAAUGUGAUUAGAGACAUCAACAUACCACGGAAUGGAGGCAGUAAUAGUGUGUAUGUUGAUGUUGCCAGGGAUGGGAUGAUCAUCGCUUCUCAGUACAAUCAGUCUAAUAUCUACGACGUCAUCAAUCCUACUGAUGGUAAGAUAGUAAACACUAUUACGAUGCAGGUUAAGAAUUUGUUCGGUGGGAUACGCCUUUCAUCAAGUAGUAUCGUUGUGAAGACAGGUAAUCAAUACACUAUCAUCUCACGAUCAGGAGAAGAGAAGGCUGUCAUACACUGUGAUGAGAGGGACGACUGGCGGUCAGAGUGUCGCGUUGACAAACUGACAGACACACUCUACAUCGCGUACUGUGAUGGAGAUCUUAAUACCUACGCAGUUGAUCAGGUCCAGGCAAGGAGGAUCGUGGAAUACGUAAAAUCAGAUCGCCUUUACCUCAUGAGCCCUUGUCUCGUUACUCCUUCUGGUAACCUUGUAGGAUGUGAUGGAGACAAACUUCUUAUCUACAAGAAGACAUUCAUCUUGUAAAUCAUCUAGACUAUCAAAGGGAUGAUAUCGGAUUUGUAAGAGAAAUAUAGACCAGA